CGUCCUUGUGGGUGGUCGUUCAUCCAGAGACCAAUUUAGAAAAAGAGCCGCUGAAAAGGAAAACUAUAAUGGAAGUAACAAGAACAAGAACAAAAAACAAUUUUCAGGAUUAUGAUAAGGGUAUAUUCUAGAAACCUUAACCAAAAUUUUAAGGGAAGAAAAGGAGAAGAAAGACAAACUCAAAAGGCACUUCAGAUAAUCUAGGUCAAGAGCCAUACAAACAUAUCACUCCUGCUUGGUGGAUGCUACUGCCUGUUGGGUCUGCACAUUGUCCUGGAUUUUGAGGUUGAGGAGCUGGUUCAAAGAAGAGAUUUGAGAAGUUUCAUUGGUCACAUUAAAGAGACAUUCCUCCAGCACCUGAAAUGCCCUUCAUGGUGUCCUUCAUGAUACAAGGGCUUGGGAACAGUCACAUGAAGCUCCCUUAGGUGGCUUAGGAGAAAGCCCUGAUCUGAUCUCUGCCAUCUCUUUCUCCAAGAGGAGAAGAAAACAACAGAGGUCUUCAUAAAGAAAUGACCUAUGGGAGGGCUGAGAUCCAGUGAUUAGAGCAGAGGAGAAAUGAAAGGAGAAAUGAGAGGACUGCGGAAGCAGGGUCCUCUUUGUGUCCCACAUCAGGAGCCUGAGCUGAGCCCAUACACUAAAAACACAGAACUGAGGGAGCAGAUGGAAUAAAGAAAAUCAACUGGUUUGGAGGAUGAGAGUAAUUCAAAGAAGGUCCAGGUGCUAGUGGAGCAGGUGGUUGCCCAAGGAGGUGAGAAUAAGAACAAGUUGAGUUCAGAAACGUCAAGGGGAACUGAGGAAUGCUUACAGCAUCACCUGGCUCCUCAAGGAGCAGCCUGAGCUGAGCAGUGAGGACUGGGAGAGUCACUUACUCCACAGUGAACCUGUGCACCUGCCGGGGAGAUCCAAGGAUGGAUCAGGGUUGGUUUCUACCACUGGGGAGCACCAGUUCCAAGUGGAGGAGGAUGUGACCAUGAAUCUCUGCCCCAGACCCCCAGCCUCGACUUUGGGGCUGCCCGCACAGUGGAUGCCCUCCGGUAAGUGUGGGCUUAGAGGGAUAAGUGAUGUUUGGAGAAGGGUUGGAGAUGUCAAUUCUUGCCUUGAACAGUUCUACCCUAAGGUCAGAAAGUACCAGGGUAGGGGGACCCUUGCAUCUGAAGCAGUGAUACUAAUAAUAGUCUUCUGCAUUUAUGGAUAAGAAAGUCUUUACACACAAUAUGUUUUAGAUAUUUCUUGAUGGCUUAAUUUUUCUCAUACUGUGUUAAGAACUUGGAAUUCAGUUAUCAGUAAGGUUUUCCUGAGGAAAUCAGAGGAAUGAGAGGGAGAAUACAAACAGAUAGUUUCAACACAAUAUGGUAGCUCUCCUAAUCUUGGGUGUUGCGGCUGCCCAGAGGAUGGGAGUGUAGACCAAGGACAUUUCUUCCUAAUGACAGGAUAAACCAUUGAGAGGAAUCCCUGAGGACAGCCCCAUCAUCAUCAGAGCUGACCACAGCUAGAUGACCUGUUCUGGCCCAAUAAACCUGGACCUCAGCCAGAUUUCAGCCUCUCAGGAUAGAACCAACCUGGGCUGCAUGUUGGCUCAAAGCAGUCAACACUACCAAGGUCUCCAGAGGAAACUGCUGAAAUAGCUACUAUGUCCUGGCCAGCUGGAGACAUAAAGAGGCAAGAUAGCAGCACUGUCAUCCAGGGAUGUCAAUGGAAGCAGUGAGCGACAUUACAACACCUGAACACCCAACAGGAAACAGUCCCUGGCUCUACCUCUUCUGCCGCACGUCACCAUGGCAGAAUCUUUAGGCCCUUUGUCUGAUCCGAGGGCUGAAAGUACCAUGCUGGAAAUCAACCAACAGCUUCAAUCCCAGCUGGCACAAAGGAAACAGGACUUUAGAGACCUCAGAGAGAAAUUUCUUGUAUCUGAAUCUACUGCCUACAUCCUGGCCAACCAGCUGCAGAAAUACAAGUGUGGAGAGUGCAAAGGCAUCGUUGAGUCUGUGCUGGGAGAGAAGCUGCAGUUUGAGGAGGGGAAGCUGACAGAGGAGGCAGCCUUAGUUGAGAAGCUCAGGAAAUGUGAUAUCCUAAUUCAAGGUCAGGCUCAAGAGCUGACCCAGUUACAGCAAAAGAUACAGGAAGGCAGAAAAGUCUCUGUCGUACUCAAUCAGUGUCUCCAAGACCUCCUCAGCCACAAUGACCCUGCCAACUACCAGGGGCAGGGCUUCCGAGAGCAACUGGCUGAGGGACACAGGCUGGCAGAGCGCCUUGCCCAAAAGCUCAGCCCAGAAAAUCAUGGAGCUGAGGAGGAUGAAGAAGAAAAGGCGUCCCUAGACCCCAGGGAGCUACAGGAGAAGGAGGAAGUGGAUGAUGUGCGUCAGGACUCAUUGGAGGAACAGUGUGUGACUCUUUCCACUCACCGAGACUUGUCUCACCCCUGCCAAACUCCAGAUAGUACCCCCAUCCCGGCUGAGGAGUAUGAAGUCUGCUCUGCUCUUGAUGUAGCCAAAACUCAAAAGGAUCAGAAGGAUGAGGAAAGAGAAGGGUCAACAGCCCCCAGGCUCAGCAGGGAACUACAGGAGAAGGAGGAAGGGAAUGAUGUGCGUCAGGACUCAUUGGAUGAACAGUGUUUGACUCUUUCCACUCAGCGAGACUUGUCUGACUCCUGCCAUUCCCCAGACAGUACUCUUAUCCCGUCUGAGGAGCAUGAAGUCUGCUCUGCUUUUGAUGUAGCCAAAAAUCGUGAAGCCGAGGAGGAUGCAGAAGAGAAAGAACCACCGUCCAAAAUGAAUGAUCAGAGGAGGGAAAAGGACAGGGAAUUCGAUUUUCUAAUUCGAGUUCAGGCACGAGAGCUGAGCCAGUUACGCCAGAAGAUAGGGGAAGGGAGAGACUUCGCUAUCCUGCUAAAUCAGCACCUCAAGGACCUCCUCACCCACGGUGACCUUGACAACUCCCAGGGGCAAGGCUUCCAAGAGCAGUUGGCUGAGGGACGCAGGCUGUCAGAGGGCCUUAUCAGCAAACUCAGCCAAGAAAACCAUGAAGAUAAGGAUGAAGAACAACUAGAAUCACUGACCCCCAGGAAAUACCGUUUCCUAAUUCAUGAUCACGCACGAAAGCUGACCCAGAUACGCCAGCAAUUACGGGAAGGAAGAGAGGUGUCUAUCCUACUGAAUCAGCACCUCAAGGACCUCCUCACCCACGGUGACCUUGACAACUCCCAGGGGCAGGGCUUCCGAGAGCAACUGGCUGAGGGACGCAGGCUGGCAGAGCGCCUUGUCUGCAAGCUUAGCCCAGAAACCCAGGAGGAUGAUGAAGAUGAAGAAGAACAAGAAUCGCUGACCCCCAGUCUGGAGAGGGAGCUGCAGGAGAAGGAGCACGUGAAGGAAGUCCCUCAAGAUCCAUUGGGUAAACAGUAUUUGACUCCUUCCAGUCGUCGUGAUCUGUCUAGCUCCGGAGAAGCCCUCAGAAGCACCGCCUGCGUGUUUAAUGAGACUAAAGUCAGCUUGGCUCUGGAUGCAGCCAAGCUGGGUUUGACUGCUACUCUCAGAAUGAAGAACCCUCCCUCAGAACCUCUGAAGGGUGAUGCUCUUGAGGGCUCGGCUGCCAACAAGCAUGGGUGUCAAGUCAUCGGCCACGGUAACACCUCAAGCGUCAUGAAACAGAGGAUUCUCCAAAGAAAAGCACGGCUCAGCAAAUGGAGACUAGCGUGCAGAUUCCCUGGCCUUCAAGCUUAGGGUCCAGAGAUACCAAGUACUUGUGGAACGAAGAAAAGAAGAAACCCCAUUAUGAAAAGUCGCUUUUCCACUUGAUGAAAAAAAUAUAAACCAGCAAAUCAAGUUAAAGCCCCCAAGAAAACUCUAGAGGGUCCUUGGCUUAGAAUGAACCUCACAACCAGACACCACUCUCCAAGAUUUUUACUCCAACAGCCUGGUUUGAUGGGAGACAUCCCAGCCCUUCAGCCUCCAAUUGUGAUAAAUCGCUAAGGAGACCAAUGCCUAGAUCCACACACAGUUCUGAGAGACCUUAACGCUUGCUCCUCUCAAUUCCCGUGCUGUCCCUAACCGGAAUCGGGAACAACUGGAAAAAGACAACAUGGCAAACCGGAUAUUCUUUGCCACCAGCAGGGCUGUGCUAGGAGCAGACAGCGUUAACCAUGCAG